AUGACUAAAAGAACUGGAAAUUCCGAUGGUCAAUCGGUAAUCCAAAGAUUGCAUAAUGAGCUAGUACAAUUAAUAAUGUCACCGACCCCAGGAUUAAGCGCAUUUCCAGACCAUGAAGAAAAUUUAACGAAAUGGUCUGGUACUAUAACUGGACCCGAUGAUUCUCCAUAUGCUGGAUUACGUUUUAAAAUUUCAUUAACCUUCCCUGAUCGAUAUCCAUAUGAACCACCCAAAGUGAAAUUCGUUAGUCCUAUGUGGCAUCCCAAUGUUGAUCUGAGCGGAAACAUAUGUUUAGAUGUGUUAAAGGAAAAAUGGUCUGCAGUAUAUAAUGUUCAAACUAUUUUACUCUCUUUACAAGCUUUAUUAGGAGAACCGAAUAAUAGUUCACCUUUAAAUGCAAUUGCUGCAGAAUUGUGGGAUGGGGAUAAAGAAGAGUAUGCAAGAAAGCUUGCAACAAUAUAUGAAGAGAUUUUGGAUUGA